AUGCAACUCUCCGCCGUCCUCCUCCUCGCUUCCGCCACCCUCCCAACCCUCUCCUUCGCCCAAAACUUCCAGAGCUCUCCCAAGCGCGGCCUCGUCUUCGUACCCUCCAAAGAAGCGACACGCCAACACGACAACCAGAUAUGGGUCGAGGGCACCAGCGACCUGACCUGGUACUACAAUUACCAAGUCCAGCCGUCGGCGGCGUACGCGAACCGAACGCAGGAGGAAUUCGAGUUCGUGCCCAUGCUGUGGGGCAUCUCGAACACCUUCUACGACGAAGUGAAAGCUCUGAUCGACGGCGGGAGGAACGUCACGCAUGUCAUGGGGUACAAUGAGCCGGACGGCACGGCGGCGACGGGAGGCAGCUCGAUUGACCCCGCGAGCGCGGCGACGAACUGGAUCGAGCAGAUGGAGCCGCUGCGAAAGCUAGGUGUGAAGGUUGGCGCGCCGGCGGUGACAGGCAGUCCGAAGGGAUUCACGUGGCUGGAUGCCUUCUUCACGGCGUGUGGGCAGCAGGGCACGAACUGUACGGUUGAUUUCAUUCCGAUCCAUUGGUAUGGGGAUUUCGGAGGCCUGGCGAGUCACAUGGGACAAGUCAAUGGAACCUAUCCCAACGUGAAUCAAUGGAUUUCCGAAUACGCGCUCAGCAACAGCCCCCUCGACGCCACCCAGGACUUCUUCAAGAUGUCCACCGAGUACUUCGACCGCCUGCCCGGCGUCGGACGCUACACUUACUUCGGCUCCUUCCGCAGCGACGUGAGCAACGUGGGCCCGAACGCCGCUAUGCUCACUGAGAACGGCGAGUUGACAGACAUCGGGAGUUGGUACCUGGGCGGUCCAGCGACGAAUAAAAUUCCCACGGGAGCUGCGUCGAGGCAGGUAAUGAGCUCUGCGUGGGCUGCCGCCGUGGCUGCUGUGCUGGGACUCUUGGCGCUUUCAUGUUAA